AUGGAUGAAAUCAUUGAUGACCGGAUAUUGGAAGUGUUGGAAAUCACACAAGACCAACAACUGCUGAUUUAUGACGCACAACAUCAAUUCGCGCGCGAUGGUGAUGGUGAUAACGAAACUGGCGAAAGUGAUAGUGAUGGAGACAGUGAUGAUACCCAUGAACAUCAAUCGCAACCUCUUGUCACAUAUGAUGUCUCGUCCACUGCCGACAACAACUCUACUGAAAUCAAUGUAAUGGACUCCCUUCGUGAACACAUGGAACUUAACAAUGUCUCAGCUAUUGUCCGUCUCACCACCACGGCUGUCACUGAUCCCACUCCUGCUAUUCCUGCCCCUACUAUAGUUGGCCGUGAUGUGAUUGAUGACGCUGUUAUGCAUAAUAGCCACGAAAUCCGGCAGCUAAGUACAGCCCGAACACAAGAAGACGAAGAAAACAAAAAUGACGAACACAGCAACGACGACAGCAGCAGUAGCAAUCACCAGAAAUGGAAAAAGUCUUCAACUGCCCGUGAAUUGUUAAAGAUUUCAGUGGUGGUCUUCUGGAAUGCAUCGUUUGGUCGCAAUACAUUCAAAAGCAAGCCUAGUCAAGUAGCAGACAAAUACCGAAAACUUCUCAAACAGGCGGACAGUCAAGGACGCUUAAUAGUGAUGGACAUGGACGAAUACAAUACAUCAAAAAUGUGCUCUGGGUGUGGAAGCAAGAACUUGGGUGGAUUGGAAUUGAAUGAAUUAACUGCCUCACUGUACUGGCAACGGGACGUCAAUGCUGCUCGAAACAUUCGUAGUCUCUUUAUCAACAUGGUCCAAUUUGGUGCAAGACCUGGUAAACUGGCAAGACCUACUCCGCAUUCACGCGUGCCUAUACUUGUUUCUUCAUGGCGAAUGCUUAGUACAUUACAACAAGAAGCUCGUUCAAGAAGAGCUUUAUUUUAUGUACCGGGUAGCGAUGAACGGAAAAUCCACAAGUCUAUAUCCAUUGGAGCUGAUUGUGUAGUAUAUGAUUUGGAAGAUAGUGUAUCGGCAAAUAAGAAAGGGAUAGCUCGUCAACAGACUAUUGAUGCUUUGGAGGCUUCUGAACAUGGAAAGGCAGAAAAGGCUGUUCGUAUCAAUGCUAUUGGAUCAGAUGACUUAAAUGUAAUCCUUCACUCAAAACGAUUACAAGCUAUUGUGAUUCCCAAAGUACAAAGUGCCAAAGAUAUCCAGUUUGUUAGUAGAAUGAUUGACGCUGUCGCUGUGGAUUCUCAAAAGCAACGUAUUCGACUGAUCGCAUCGGUGGAAAGUGCUCUUGCACUUAUGAAUAUCAAAGAAAUUGCAACCGCAGAUGAACGAUUAGAUGCCUUGAUUUUUGCAGCCGAGGACUAUUGUGCAGAUCUUGGAUUGAUCAGAACUCCAAGUCGGAAAGAAAUGCUUUAUGCUCGUCAAACCAUUGUCAACGCUGCAGGUGCAUAUGGAUUGCAGGCCAUUGAUUUGGUUUGUGUGGAUUAUCAAAAUGAACAGGUAUUACUGGAUGAAUGCAAAGAAGGACGUGAAUUUGGAUUCUCUGGAAAACAAGCCAUCCAUCCUGCACAAAUCGACAUUAUUCAAAAGCACUUUUUACCCGAUGAAAUAGAUAUCAACAGAGCGGCAAAGAUUUUGGAAAAAUAUCAAAGUUAUUCUACAAAAGGCAUCGGCGCCUUUGAACUAGAUGGAAAAAUGAUCGAUAUGCCUGUAGUAAAAUGGGCGGAUAAAGUGAUUGGCAAGGCAAAGGCGGGUGGAUUGACAAUACCCUCGUUUGAAGAAAAAUCCCAAAAUGAAAAAAAAUAG